GGCAGUUAGUCACACACCCGUUCCAGCCCGUCCAUAGGAGAUGGAAACGUGCAGGGAGGCUGCGUAGAAUGGAUAGGCAAUGUCCAAUGCCCCAGACGCUGAGAGCGCAGCAGAUUGGCCUGAAGGUUGUCUCGAGCUUCUACUUCAGCUUCAUGUUCUCUCUGGCUUCCCCUUCUGCCAGUCGCACUCCGAAAGGUUCUCAAGACACCGCUUUUGCAUAACCGCAAGAUCUAAUUUCGACAUUCCAGUCGUGUGCCCGCCGCCGGAGCAUCAUUCACUCGUGUACAACGCUGGUUUUGACUCGAUUCAUGCUGUCCGACCGUCCGUCGACAUGGCUACACCGGGCAAUGUGGAGGACGUAACGAUUCACGAAAUUUGGGCGGACGCUGCGGCAGGAGCGGUCGAGGCAAUGGCGAGAGUGAAUAGCAAGGGCUCUCGGCUUCAGUCCAUGUCCUAUGAGGCCAUGCAGCAGUCCAUGGACGACUUGCGGCAGAGACACGCUUCGAGUCGAAGUUCUCGGUGUUUCAGAAAGCUCGAGCCCGUCAUGUCUCACCUCCGCACCUUCAGCAAUGCCAUAGGUGUGUUUACGCAAUCCAACCCAGAGAUUGCCUGCCUAGUGAGCAUUACUCCCAAGAAGCAUGCUGAAGACGACAACGGCGCUUCGGCGAUACUGAUAACAGUGUAUCAAGGUCUGGGGCACCCUCAAGAUCGUUCUAGAUCCACGUUAGAGCGGAUCGUCAUUUUGUACGGGGAGAUCUGUCGCGCCAUGCCACGCUUCGAACAGUACAUGCAACUUUUCCCACGUCGACAACCGCUUCGAUCCGCUCUUCAUAGCAUAUACGCCGCGUACCUGGACUUUUCUGUUCAAGCUGCAUAUUUCUUUAGACGUCCAAUCCUAGUGCACUUGACAAUGAGCUUUUUCAAGAUUGGCGCCUUGACAGAAACGUUUAACAGAGCUACAAACCGUAUCAACGUUGCAGCUGCACAUUUCGAGGCGGAAGCAGGCUUGGCUCUUGCAAUUACAACUAGCUCUGAGCUCUCCAACAUCUCCAACACGCUCCCGCACCUUCAUCUCCUUCCAAAGGCCCCGACACGCCUUUUCUCGGUUCCCUGGCCGCGAAAAGCCAGUUUCUUCGAAAGACAACAUGAAUUGGAGCUGAUGCAACAGCUCCUUGCUCCGAAUGCCUCGGAACAGAUGUCCUGCGUACUCCACGGGAUGCCGGGUGUGGGAAAGACCCAGUGUGCAUUGGAGUUCUCCUUUCGACGCAAGGAAGUUUGUCCAUUUGUCUUCUGGAUCCCUGCAGAAGAUGAGACCGUGCUCGCACAGGCAUUUGGCAAGAUUUCAGUGUUACUUGGCCUUCAUUCAAAAAAUGAGAGUGUAGAUCUUGCUCUCCAGGUCGAAAAGACUUGCCUCUGGUUGUGUCAAAAGGCUUCUAGCCUUCUCAAUCGAUAUUGGCCUGCUUGCGGACAUGGAUCCAUUCUAGUCACGUCCCAGGACCGAAAGAUAGGCCAUCGCUCAAGGUCAAAGCUACAUUUAUCACCUUUGACAGAAGAGCAGGGAUCACGUCUUCUCCUGCAUCUCCAAAACAUUUCCAAGCCAUCUGCACUAACAAGAGACCUUGUUCGAGAACUAUCAUCAGAGGUUGGGGGCUUACCAUUGCUACUCGCUGGUCUUGCUGGCUACAUGGCUGAUUCACACAUGUCCAUCGCAACAACCCUUCAAGCCAUGCAGCGCUCUUGGAACAAGAAUGACAGCAUCAUUCAUAGUAUCGAUCCGCAUUCCGUCACCUUCCAGUAUCAAGUCCCGAUUCACAAGGCCUAUGACAUGUCCUUGAGCAAGCUGGGAGACUUCCCAAUAUCUGUCUUACGAGUUAUGAGCAUACUUUCGCCAGACCGUGUCUCUGAAGAACCACUUAUAGUCGAUACUGAUAGCUGCCUGGAAUUUCCUGAACAGCCUGACAAAUUGCGGCAUGAACCACACACCAUGUUGAGGUCUUCCAAGCUGACAAGCCAAGAAUCUGGGCCACCAUUUUAUUCGAUGCAUCGACAAUUGCAAUGGAAGGUCCUGACGGACCUCAAAUGUGACCCGCAGACUCGACAAUAUACAUUUGACCUAGCGGUAGCUCUUGUUCAACAGGAAUUUCCACCGUUGUCAGAGUACAUGGUUCCCAUGUUCGGGCAAUGGGAUUUCUAUAAGAAAUCAAUUGCGCAUAUUACUAGUCUGCGAGAGGUAUUCAUAUCAUGCAGUCAGGACGAGACUCCGAUCCAAGGUCGACUUGAUUUCGCCAAGUUGUUGACUAGUGCUGGCAAUUACCUAUACGAAACUGGCAUCGCAGAAACGGGCCUCGAAGUUUCAUCUACGUCUGUCGAUAUCUGCGAAAAAUACCGUCUUGCAGUUGCUCAAGCUGAAAGAGCUGCAUGCACACUGUCAUCGCUUUCCAAAGAAUCCUAUGCCGGCAUGUCUGAGCUGAACAAACUCGAGGCAACAGCACUGACAAUAUCAUGGGGAAUAAUUUCUCAGAACCACGGAGCAAGCGGUGGCAAGGAUGCAACUACACGAAUCGAAAAGGUGUUGGAGCUCCGCGAAAAACAUGCCCAAAUGGAUCUACCUCAGGAUGAGAGGUUUUGGAGUCGGGUUCUCCUCUCUAAUGCCUAUAACGAUGUUGGGUGUCAGUAUAUACAUAUGCACCAGUACGAGAAGGCAGAGUUCUUCUUGCCAAAAUCUCUGAGCCUGAAAAAUGUUCUCUCUUCUCAGCAAGAGAUUCCAGCGUUCGAGUACGCCGAGUCAAAGAACAACCUUGCCUUUGUGCGUAUUGGGCAGGGACGGUUUCAAGAAGCGCUGGAAUUCAGCCAGGAAGCAACAGAAAUUAUUGACAAGGCCGACGGACCUGCUAACGACCACACACGGUUUAACUUCUGUCAUGGGUUAUGCCUCUUCAGGACAGAGCGAACUGAAGAAGCCCUCGAGAGACUACGGAGUGUGUAUCGAGUACGAGUGGCAACUUUUGGGGUCUCAAGUCGAAACGCUCGAGACACUGCAUUCGCGAUAGCCUACAUCUUGCAUCGUCUAGGGAGAAUGACAGAAGCGAGGCAGGCUAUUCUAACUUGUUUCGAUCCCCAUGGGAAUGCCACAUGGUCGCGGGAAUGCCUUUUUCGCGCUCAAUACCUUUACUCGAUGAUCUUAGAAUCACUCAUCCAGCCUAAACAAGCUAAAGAGCUAGCUUCUGAGGCUCUAGUAGGAUUGGAACAGUUAUGGUCCGCCUUGCCAUUGGAGAUACAGGAAGGUCUCACGAGGGGUGAUUCACGUGAGAAGGAUCCUUUAAUAAGCUUCGACCUUAUAGUUCCUUAUACCGCUGGUCGUUUCGUAGACUAUUAG